AUGCCGCAAAUCUGGAAGAAAGAGGAAAGUGCCCGGCCCCGGCCCCCUGAUCCGGCUGUCGGAUUGCCCUCUGAAGAACAUAUCCGCUUUCGCCAUCCCGGUUAUGACUCUCUCGACCUGCUCCUAACUCUCCCUCGCGUCGAUAGUACAAGAUCGAUUUCUACCUACGGCGUACAUCAUAGAACAGCCCUGCUAGCAUGCCAGAUUAUCGCUGGGAAUGCCUUCGCCAACAGCUAUUUCUCUCUCGAUAAGGCGGGUCAACAGCAAGUCCAGGUAUCACUUGAUGGUAUCUUGACAGACACGGAUUACUACUUCAUCGUAGAAGGCUCCGUGCUUUAUCCUAUCGUCCCCAGUUUCCAAGAUUGGGAGUUCCCCCACAACCGCAUCCCCGAUUGGUGGCCUUCUAUCAACGCCAGCUCUGUCACUACUACGAACUGCGGUAUUACCAACGCUAAGGAACAUUGUUGGUAUCAGGAUAAUCAAAUGCACAUGUUUGGGGGGGGUGAUAUCAACAACCAAGGCAACCUCCUUCCUCUUAGGAAGGAUAUACACCACUCGUUUAACGCUCGGUGGUUUGUUAUUGUUCCAAGGAUUGUUACUAUCGAUUCUUCCCUUCAGCCCUCCCUUCAAUACGUCACGCAUAUCAUUUCAGAUUUUGCAGCGGAACUAUGGGCUAGUUCACAUAUUACCCUCGUCGGGUCCCUCAAGAAUCAGUCUCGCGCUUACCUCUUUGCCCGUUUCGCUUGGGCUAUGAUUUUCCGGACCAAGCUCUUCGUCAUCGCAGGCCAACGUCGUCACGUCAUCCGAGUCUCUAGAGAUACAGAUGGCAAGGUAGAGUACAAGACAAUGUCUCGUACUGGGGAAGAGCCUCAGAAUGCAUAUGGCGGUAGACGAUCAAAAACGGCAACCCCGCGAAGUCAGAAGAAGAGGAAGUCCGGACAAAUCAGUCCAAAAAACGAAGACAGCUUUACAGAGUCAUCUAGGGACAGCGAUACUGAUAUGGACGACAUGGACUGGAGAGGAUGGGGAAGAAACAGAAGACAGGAGUCGUCAGAGGAGACUGCCCCUGAUAUCAUGGAGGAAACCGCCCCUAACACCAAGGUACACCUGGAACCAGCUGUCGAGAUGGAGCUCAGGACAGCUUUGCGCCAGGUCAUACCGCAGCAGGGUGUAGCCUCGGAAGACUAG